CCAUGUUUGAAAGAAAUCAAAUCGCUGAAAUCCGCGACUGGAAUCCAGUAAAAAUCAUGUUUAAUUUGAUUACUCUAUUUGUAUCAUUAACAUAAAACUAUAAAGAACGUGUGCAGAUAAAAUGUUCGUUCUUCGGCUAAGUUCUCGGUGUUGGACCGUUCCGUGGUCUUCUAGAAUUGGGAUGAGGUAUUCUUCCACAUUGAAAUCCUCCCAAUUUCUUCUCUCAAAUAUUAGAGCAUCAGGAAAGUACGGGAUGAGUUCUAAAGAUUUCAGAUUUAAUCCUGUACUUCUACCUGUCCGAACAUGCUUUCAUCCAGGGGCUUCAGGUUUGGCCAGGGACGAAACUGGGUUAAAAAAGGACAAGGAGGUGACAGGAAAGGAUAUGCUGAAGACUAUGGGAGAAUAUAUCUGGCCAAGAGAUAAUCCUGAAGUAAAAACAAGAGUUGUUGCUGCACUCUCCCUACUGGUCACUGCCAAGGUUUUGAACACAUCAGUUCCGUUUAUAUUCAAGCAUGCCAUAGAUACCCUUAAUACUGCCAACACUUUAAACCUAGAUACCCCUGAUGCUGCAGUCGUUACUCUAGUUUCAGCAACAUUAAUAGGAUAUGGUAUGGCCCGAGCUGGAGCUCUGGGGUUCAGUGAGCUGAGAAAUGCAGUAUUCGCUCGCGUCGCUCAACAUUCAAUUAGAAAGAUUGCUCUGAAUGUAUUUCGUCAUCUCCAUAAUCUGGAUUUGGCCUUUCAUCUGAACCGACAGACAGGUGCAUUGUCUAAGACGAUAGAUCGAGGCUCUCGGGGAAUAAGUUUUGUUUUGUCUGCAAUGCUCUUCAAUAUUGUUCCAACCUUUCUAGAACUAUCAAUGGUCUGUGGUAUUCUGGCGUACAGCUGUGGUCCGCAGUACGCUGCCGUUGCAUUUGGUACUGUCGCUACCUACACAGUAUUUACACUAGCUAUUACACAGUGGAGAACCAAGUUUAGAGUACAUAUGAACAAGGCAGAUAAUGAGGCUGGAAACAAGGCAGUGGAUAGUUUAAUCAAUUAUGAAACUGUAAAAUACUUCAACAAUGAGGAUUACGAAGCUAAGCAGUAUGAUAAAUCCCUACAGAAAUAUGAGACUGCAUCAUUGAAAACUAGCACAAGUUUAGCUGCUCUUAACUUUGGUCAGAACGCAAUAUUUAGUGCCGCCCUGUCAGCUAUAAUGGUGAUGACUGCUAGAGAAAUUACGAAUGGAACAAUGACAGUUGGAGAUCUUGUAAUGGUGAAUGGAUUAUUGUUCCAGUUAUCAGUUCCCUUGGGAUUCCUGGGUUCAGUUUAUAGAGAGAUUAGGCAGGCACUCAUAGACAUGCAGGUUAUGUUCCAACUGAUGACAGUUGAUCCUAAAAUCAAGAAUCCAGAUUCAGCUCCACCUCUUUACGUGACGGCUGAGAAUGCUGCAAUAAGUUUUGAGAAUGUAACUUUUGAAUAUCUUCAUGGACAGAAAAUAUUAAACCAGCUUUCAUUCACAGUUCCUCCCGGCAAAAAUUACGCUAUCGUCGGAGGAUCCGGAUCCGGGAAAUCGACGAUAAUUCGAUUAUUAUACAGAAUGUUUGAACCCACUUCGGGAGAUAUUAAAGUGGCUGGUAAAUCAGUGAGCAGUGUUGAGUUGGAAUCCCUUAGAAAAAAUAUCGCAAUAGUGCCUCAGGAUUCAGUUCUUUUCCAUAACAGUAUCAAACAUAAUAUUGCCUACGGGAACCUAGCAGCUCCUGAAACAGAUGUGUUCAAAGCUGCUAAAAUGGCAGAACUACAUCAAUCUAUUCUUAGCUGGCCUAAUGGAUAUGAUACGCAGGUUGGUGAACGAGGAUUAAAACUGUCAGGAGGAGAGAAGCAGAGGGUAGCAAUAGCUAGAGCUAUUCUUAAAGACUCUCCUAUUCUUGUAUUUGAUGAAGCAACCUCCAGUCUGGACAGUAUAACUGAGAAUAGCAUCAUGAAAGCGCUGGGUCAAGCCACCAAGGGUAGAACAAGCAUUUGUAUAGCACACAGACUGUCCACUGUAGUUAACUGUGACGAGAUCCUAGUACUAGAGAAGGGUAGAGUAACCGAACGUGGAACUCAUCAACAGCUUCUGGAGAUUCCAGGUUCCAAAUAUGCAGAAUUAUGGAACUCCCAGCAUGGUUCUGGAAGGCUGGGUUGGUACAAAGCUAAACCACGCUCACAGGAUGUUCACGGUGUCAACGGGGCGGGACAGGAGGAGUACUCGGGCUGUGGUCACGCCCAUUAAUGAAGUCGUCUUUUCAUGAUGAAUUUGUCCAAUGUCAACAAAACCUCUUUAUUCAAUUACGUGUAUUCUAAAAAGAACAAAAUCGAAGAAAAAAUCAGUUUUACGAUGAACUCCAUUUUCUAAGAUUGUUAAUAUACUUCUUUAGUAAUAGCUCAUCCAUAGGCGAUAUCCAUUAUUAAUGUUAAAUGUUUAUUUUUCGAUAUUUUAAUUUGUAAAUAAUUUAUAUUUUUAUUUUCA